AUGCCUCGCGCUUCAUUGAACGGCUUCUACCGAUCCUUUAAGGCCAGACACCUCAGCAAAAGCAAUUCUGAUCAAUACAUCACAACCACGGAAGACGGCCACGCCGAAGAUUCUGCAUCUGUUCUCAGUGACGCAACUACCUUGGCUCAGAGCAAGACUGAGCCCCAGAAGGGGACUCCUGCCCAACAGGGCCCGGAUAGCCUCGACUACGGCUCUACCCGAUACUCUAUGAGAGGCAUGUCCACCCGCGCAUGA